ACUCGGGCCCUGUUUUUUUUUUUAAGUUCCCGCCCAGCCCGCCAUCGUUCGAUUGCAGCGGGGCGUGAUUGAGAGGAGGCGGGCCUUAUUAUUAUAAUCGAGGAACCAAUAAGAAAGAGGGAAAACGCUGAGGAGAGGCUGGAUGGCCGGUUGUUUUACCUCACGAAGGCGGUGGGGAAUGGCCUGCCCGCGGGGAUGGUUGGUUGUUCCUUUGACCACAGCGGGCAGGGGGUUGCUGACCCUUAAGUCUUUGUAUGCAGCUGCUGCUGCCCCCUGGCGUGGCUCGGGCCGUCUCUCCCCUCAGCCAGAAAUCCAACAGGUGCUGCUCGGGCGGUGGGGGAGGAAGCGGCAGUCCCCCUCGCCCCGCUUCACGUGUAAUGAGGGGCUCUUCACACGUUUGCACCGCGAAGGCAGGAAGGGAAGAAAGGCAGGCGGCGGUAGUUAAAGAACGGGAGCCACGACGCAGCCACCGACCUCUGGGUGGAAGGGCAGCAAUUGUACUGAAGCAACUACCAAAUCAGCAGGCUGUAGAAAAGCCGGAACCUUGUGCCUGCCUGCUGUUUGGGAGCCUGUGUGGCUUUUCUGAGUUCAAGAGCUUUCCAGAAUUCACAGGAGGCUGAGCCAGAGAGAGCUAAGGGAUGCAGGCUACUAAUCGGAUGCGGACUGUCAUUGAAAUCAACCAGCUUGUCGAUAAUAUAAUGGCUAGUAUCCUUUCAAUAAAGAGGGACAUGGAAGACAGCUCGUCUGCGAGAGCACCUAGGAACGGGUUUGCCCAGUACAGCAUGCGAUUUGAGAAGAGGCGCCUACAGACUUUCCAGCAUUGGCCGGAGAGCUUUCCUAUUUCCCCAGCCGCCCUGGCCGCUGCUGGCUUCUUUUACAUUGGGCCUGAGGACAGGGUGAAAUGUUUUUGCUGUGGUGGGGUGUUGUUUGACUGGUUUGCUGAGGAUGACCCCAAGGCAGAGCACAAGAAGUUCUUCCCAAGUUGCUCUUUUAUCCAGAAGAAGGAUUUAGGAAUCAAACUGAUGCUUCAGGCUGGGGGCCUCCAGGAUGCUGUGGACGGACAGUUCCUUGGCAUGUUGCAAAACUUAAGCAUGGAAGAGGCCACUGUAGACUUUCAACCAGAAUACCCAGAUAUGGAGACAGAAGGAGAUCGCCUGGUGACAUUUGAGAAUUGGCCAGCUUCUGCUCGGGUGACUCCAGAGUUGCUCGCCAGAGCAGGAUUUUUCUACACAGGCCAGGGGGAUUAUGUGCGGUGUUUCUACUGUGAUGGCGCUUUGAGGAACUGGGAGCGUGGAGAUGACCCAUGGAUGGAGCAUGCUGUUUGGUUUCCAAGGUGUAAAUUCUUGCUGCAGUCCAGAGGGAGCGACUUCAUCAACAGUGUUCAAGAAGCGAAUAUCAAUCCUAUACUCCCGGAGGACAGCUUACAUUGGCCUGAACAACAUCCCACCAGCUCCCAAGAGCCUGCUCAGAGGCAAACAGAUUCUCGGAGAGUGAGGAGAGAGGCAGAAACAGGACGUCCAAAUGAACCAGAGUCUGCUGUGAGCACGGAGGAAGAGCUGCGCCGGCUGCGCGAGGAGCGCAUGUGCAAAGUGUGCAUGGACAAAGACGUGUCCAUCGUGUUGGUGCCUUGUGGCCACUUAGUGGUUUGCCCAGAAUGCGCUCCUAAUCUAAGACGCUGCCCCAUCUGCAGGGGGGUCAUCCGUGACAGUAUGAAGGCAUUCCUCUCUUGAACUGGGAAGAAUCUUCAGAGGCCAGAUACUUGCUGCUUGAUGGACCCAUUUUGGCCUACAACGACCCAGCCUGAGGGGACAUCAAACGAAGGAGCUUUGCAAUAAGUGCUGGUACACCCGAGGCACCUCCUUCCCAGCCAAAAUGAUCUUGCAGGACUUCUCCAUGUGUGCUGUUUGGGACUGUUGGGAUUUCUCUAACAGCAAUAUAAAAAAAAAGAUCAAGGACAAAAUAAUCCCAAAGGACUUUCUGGUCUGUGAAACUAUUGACUUUUCUCUUUUUCUAGGGAUUACUUCAAAUUUGAAAGAUGGUUCCUUCCUUGCUGAUGUAAUGUCUUGGAGCAGAAAACUUUGUCUAGCUUCUUUAGUAACUUGGUUUAUUUCUAUUUUUUUACCAUUUAUUUUUUUUCCUUGGAAAAUAUUUUGUUUGAAUAAAAGUAACUUUAACCAUUGGGGACUACUUUAUAACAAGUUCUUGCAAGGCACUUGCACCGAACAAUAAAUUUAAUAUUUCAGUCAUGCUAUGGCUUUCCCUAUACAGAAACUGUAACACUUAUUAUCAUAUAACAUUUAUUUAACUAUACUGUCAUUGUGCCCCCGCCCAAUUAAUGCACCCCUCCACUAGUAUACCUGAAGGAGCAUCUCCACCCCCACCAUUCAGCCCGGACACUGAGGUCCAGCUCCGAGGGCCUUCUGGCGGUUCCCUCACUGCGAGAAGUGAGGUUACAGGGAACCAGGCAGAGGGCCUUCUCAGCUGUGGCGCCUGCCCUGUGGAACACCCUCCCAGCAUAUGUCAAGCCAAUAAGCAACU